AUGAGUUGGGCGGAGAAGAGGCCAGUGACCAGGAGGACGCUGAGAUCGAUCCCUUCAGAGUUCCCAUCGGAUGCUCGGAGUGUUCCAACAUCUUCAGGAGUGGCAUGCUUCGUUUCCUUUGUAGCGAUUUCGACUGCGAUGACAUGUUCUGUGAGAAUUGUGUUCAUCCGCAGCUUCGACGGCCAGUUUGAGGUUUUCAGCUCGGAUCUGGCUGGGUAUUUUCUUUCAUUGUUGCGCUCUCUUGCGUUCGUCCCUCAGGUUUCGUUGCGUGGUGUGCGUCAUCCGUAUUUGAAAUUGUGGGCUUGCGUGGAGGUGGGUGGGGCUUUGCACGAGGAUUUCGGCCAGUCCUUCGGGUUGCUGGACUGA